CGCAGUGCGCGCCGCCGCCGCCGCCGCCAUGAACCCCCUGACCAAGGUGAAACUGAUCAAUGAGCUGAACGCGCGGGAGGCGGAGCUGGGCGUGCAGGAGGCGGUGUCGUGGCACGCGGAGUACAAGGACAGCGCUUGGAUCUUUGUGGGCGGGCUGCACUACGAGCUGACGGAGGGCGAUGUCAUCUGCGUGUUCUCGCAGUACGGCGAGGUCGUCAACAUCAACCUCGUGCGGGACAAGAAGACCGGCAAGUCCAAGGGCUUCUGCUUCCUGUGCUAUGAGGACCAGAGAAGCACCAUUCUGGCUGUGGAUAACUUCAAUGGCAUCAAGGUGAGCGGAGGUCAGGUGCUGCCGUGGCUCGAUGACUGCUGCCUCACAUGGGCAGCGGCUGGGCAGCCGGGGGCUGCCGGUGAGAGCCUGUCCCUGCAGAUCAAGGGACGGACCAUCCGUGUGGACCACGUGGCCAACUACCGACCCCCCAAGGAGUCCGAGGACUGGGAUGAGGUGACCAGAGCCCUCCACGCCAAGGGCUGUGGGGUCAAAACGCCACCUCACACCUCGUCCGACUCCAUGUCUGAGGAUGAGGACGUCGUGCCCGUGAAAAAGCAGAAAGUUCCAGAGAAGCAGCGGAGCAGAGCAGAACGGUCAAAGCCGAGCCCGCCAGCUGGGAAGCGGGUGAGCCCAGAGGAGCCCCAUGCCAGGAUCAAGAUCAAGAAGGAGAAGGAGGACCCCGGGUAUGAGCGCUACGCCGGUGGGAGCGCCGGGAGCAGGACACAGAGGGAUGAGGAGCAGCGGCGGCACCAGCGGCACUCGGACAGGAGAGGGGACAAGAACUGCCACGAGCAGAGGGGACAGAGCGGUUCCUGGGAGGGGCGGGAGAAGAGGGAGGAGGCUGGCAGGAGAGGUGACAGGCACGGCAACCGGCAGGACAUGUCCCCCAGGGGAGGCAGAUCGCGGGAGUCCCAUUCCAGGCACAGGGAACGGGGCUCUGGCAGAGACUCCGGCCGCUGCUGAGCCCUGGGUGAGUGCUUGGGGUGAGCCUGCCCACCCCUGCUCCGAGCUCCUGGGGUGCUGCGGCUGGACCUGUCGCCUGGGAGCUCCCCCUUGCCUCAUCCCACCCUGGGCUGCCCGUGCUGCUGGCUGGGAUAGGGGUUUGUCCUUGGACCGUGGAGGUGAAGGCUGGGAGCAGUAGGAUGCUCCAUUUUCUAAUUCCCUGGGGCAAUGUCCACCUCUUGCACUGGGACAGAGGCUGCUGGGUGUCUUGUCUGGCCUCGGGGGCCGGCUUUAGGCCCUGUGCCCGCCCAGCAUCUUCUGGAUUUCACGGUGUAUCCACAGGGCUGCGCUGCUGUGUCAGGGCAAUUUAUUGUGAAUUUGUUUAAGGGUUUCUUAAUAAAAGUUCCUGUUAGGGAGAA